AUGCGUUUCGUCGACACUGCUAUCCCAAUCUUGGUCGGCUUGUCCACAUUUGUGGAAGCCCAAAAUGUCGACUUUGGCAAAGUCUACUCGGCCAAGCCGCAACUCAAGUCUGCGAGUAACACUCAGUCUUCGACCUCGUCGGUGAAGACUUCCUCGGUUGCGUCCUCCAUUGUCUCGGUUCUGAGCUCUCGGCAUGCGGCAACCAUGAUUUCCUCGGCCUCGACGGCCUCUUCUUCCAAGAAAUCGUCAAGCUCUGCAAAAUCAAGCAGCAUAUCGAAGUCGUCGGUCACAUCGUCUUCAAAAUCUUCGUCGCCUACGACGUUGAGUACUAAGAAAGUUACUUCAUCGACUAAGCAAUUGACCUUGUCCACUCAGAAGACUUCUUCGUCUGCCGCUGCUUCAAAAUGCAACAAUAAGGAUAUUACUGAUGCCAAGGGCAAAGUCUAUACCAUCAAGUGUAGUUCAGACACCAACAUUGGAGCAUUCACAAACAAGCCAGCCACCAAGUCUUUUGCCGAUUGUAUGACUGCUUGCGAUGACACACCAAAUUGUGUCGCUUUCUCGUACGUUGGCGGUGAUCAAGGACAGGGAUCGGGAACCUGCUGGCUCAAGAGUUCAGCAGGUGGUGCCAUCGCUGCUGGCACUGACCACGUCGCCGGAUUCUUGAAGUCCGCUGCCUCGUCUUCCAAGAUGAUGACUACCUCAACCAAGAAGUCAUCUUCAUCCUCUGCCAAGGUCAGCACCUCGACCAAGAAAGUCACAUCGGUCUCUAGCAAAGCAUCGACUUCUACUUCGACCAAGAAGACAAGCUCAACCAAGGUCAAGCGCGCCACUGCAACGACUUGCAGCAAUCCCAACAACAUCAUGUUCAACUAUGCAACCCCAAACACACCCACACAGUUCUUGGUUGACACAACUCUGGCUGGCUUGGCUGCUGCUCAGUGGUAUNNCCCCCCUGCCGGAUAUAGCACUAGCUUUACCAAUGCAUUGGCCGGGCUCUUUGCACCGAACUACCUUGGCUACCAACAGCUCUCUUCAUACGAUACCAGUGCUUGUGCUGCCUACUGCAAUGCCCGCUCUGAUUGCAAUGCUUUCAACAUGUACAUUCAGCGCACGCCUACUUUCAUUCCCGACGACUCUUGUCCCAACCCCAACGCCGCCGCUCAGAUCACAUGUGCUCUCUACGGUAGCCCUGUAGAUGCCUCGCAAGCUACCAACAUUGGUCAAUACCGUAAGGAUUUUAUGGUUGUCAUUCAAGGCUCCAAUGGUUACAAUCUUAAUCCCGCACCUGCUUCGGUUUCUUCUUUCCAAGGCCCUACUGCUCUUGAUGGUGUUGCGUACAGCUCUAACAUCUAUCUCGGCCAGAAGUAUUUCUCUACUUAUAGUGUCUCUCAAUGCAGUGAUUUGUGUAACGCCUACACAGUCAACAGCAAAUCGCAAAACGCCGGGUCUUCAACGUACACGCCUUGCAACUAUUUCAAUGUCUUCAAUCUCACUCUCAAUGGACAGACUCAGCUGAUGGGAUGCUACCUCUUCUCCACCAGCGACGCAGCCAACUACGACAACUACAGAACAGCACAAGAUUCCAGUGGAACCGUGUACAAUCUGACCAAUUCCUACGGUUAUGCUUUGUAUCCUCAAGACAAGGGACUCACCAGCGUCGCAUGGACUCCUGCGCCUACCGGCAAGAACGCAUCUUGCUCUGCUCUAGGCAAAGCUGGCGAUUCUUUUGUGGAUUAUAAUGGUGUUAACUAUACCCUUGGUUGUGGGUAUGAUGUCCAGUAUGCUGCGGACAUUGGCAACCAGACUACGGCAGACUUUUACUCUUGUUUCGCUAUCUGUGAUAGUGGCGUCUAUCCUGGUUGCAAUGGGUUUGCCUACCUUGCUAAUACCUGCUAUUUCAAAAAUCUGGCUGGCACUUCUCGCACACCGCAGUUGAACAACUAUAAUGUGGACAUGGCUUGGAUGCCUUCGUCGUACGCUGGCUUCAACGCCUAUACCGUGCCGGGGACUGUCUCGUAUACCACGACUACGACUGUCUGGGCUGGUCCAGGAAGCACUACAACCACCACAAUCAAUGGUCUGGCUGGAACUGUGAUUGUUAAGACUGCAGGCCAGGUCCCUGCGGCAACGACUACCACUUAUAUCACAGUCACUGCCGAUUCAGGCACGGCAUCCACCAUCGCAACUCAAACCAUUACACCCACCAAAGGAUUGACCGGCACUGUUUCUAUCAUCUACCCUACGCCAGUCACUACAUGUGGAAACAAAGGCGCGGCGGUAGGGUUCUACUCCAAUCCAGUCCCAGGACAACAGGGAGUAUCACAAUACCCAGCCUUCAAACCCGAAGCCCUAAAGACAGUAACACCCUACCCACAAGUCUCCGGCAUUUCCUACAUCGGCGAGUACAACGAUGACACCCACAGCACCUACGUCUACGGCAAAUACCAAUCCAGCAACACCCUCUCCACCUUAGCUCUCAACCACGUCUUCUACAUCUUCGCCGGCCAUGGAACUGGCUACUACUACAUCAAUUUACCUCAAGCCGAUGACGUGACACUGCUUUGGGUAGGCCCUAAUGCCGUUUCCGGAUAUACACGCGCCAAUGCACAAUUAAUCCAGACUUGGAGUGCACCUGCCCCAGCAACUCUGGGUUUCUUCCUUACAGCAAAUACGUACACGCCUGUGAGAUUGUGGUUUGCGAAUGGGGGUGGGUAUGGUGGGUUCCAGUUUACUCUUACUGCGCCGGAUGGAGCCACUAUUCUCCAGACGACGCCUAACUCGAAUGCCGGAGUUAUGAAUCCGGAUGUGGUCAUGUUCCCUUGUGAUGGGUCUAAAGGUUCCAAGUUCCCUGCUUUUGGCAAGGAGACUUGA